AGAAGCUAGCUGUUCACACCGAUGGAUGCGCACAUAUACGCCGCUUAGCUAAAUCUAUUUAACCUCUCUACGGCCCCCCUCACACCAACUCACCAACACUAUUACGUACACAGAUAAACAACCUCACAGAUCGACGUGAAAAGGGAAGAAGAAGAAGCAGCAAGGAAAUGGCGUCUCGCUGUCCUGGCAAGAACUUGUGGCCGGAGCUGGUGGGCAGAAACGGGGACUUCGCAGCGACGGUGAUCGAGCGAGAGAACAGAAACGUGGACGCCAUCGUGCUGAGGGAAGGAACGCCGGUGACCCGGGAUUUCAGGUGCAACCGGGUCUGGGUCUGGGUCAACGACCAUCGGGUUGUCACCACCGCUCCUCGCGUUGGUUGAAAAAUACUACCCCCGCCGGCGGAGGGAUUGGGCUACAUAUGUAAGACUCGUAAGAAUAAAACAUACUACGUACUAUUAGUGGUAGAAAUAAAACAGUGGGUACCAAUGUGAUAAAUAAUAAAUUCUAAUAAUAGUAGCAGCAGUGUCUCCUCGGACGGACAGCUUGUCCUAUGGAUUAUCAUGUGCCAAUCAAAGUUUAGAAUUUGUGUUGAAGAACAUGAACGCUCAGGUGCUGCAAAAAACGAAGCAGCUAAGCUAGAGCACCCUCGCCGGCCGGUGAAAUUGAACUAAAGGAACAAAUUACAGCGAACAGAAUGAAUGAUGGUCAAAAGAAGGGAUGGAGUAUGGCC